AUGGGCUGCAGGACGAGCAAGCCAGCUGCGCUUACCGCCGCCGACCACAAGGGCAUCCCGCUGCUGGCGGCCCUCGACAAGCAGCUCCUCGCUGCCCUCCGCUCGGGCGCCAUCAAGCUGCUCCGCACCGAGUUCCUGCGCGCCGACGGCUCCGAGGCGGUGCUGCCCAAACUCCUCCGCCGGCAAGAGCUGGAGCAGAUGGAGAAGGAGCGAGGCAUCCGCAUCUUCCUCACGCCGAAGGAGGCUGUUGCGGCGCUGCGCUCGCUGAGCCGCGAAGUCGCCGGGCUGACUUACGGCUGGGCCUCGCCGGACCACCCCGACGUGACCGGAGAGUAUCUGGCGAACGUGCGGCGCUUCCUGCGCCACCCGCUCGGCGAGCACGUGACCGCCCUCUUCUGGGAGUGCGCCGCCGCCCCAGACCCACCCCGUUCCCAGUGGCUGCGCUGCGUGGGAGGACAGGCGUUCCCUCUGCGCCUAUCCCUCACUUGA